GCAGCUCGUCACACAGAGCUAGCUGAUCAGCAGCAGCAGCAAGCAGACACACCGCGUGCUUGAGCUCGCUCUCGCUCUUGGUCUGAGCAAGCUUUGCAUUGGUGCGUGAGGAUGGCGAAGGACAUCGAGGCCGCGGCGGCGGGCGGGGAGUACACGGCCAAGGACUACUCCGACCCGCCGCCGGCGCCGCUGAUCGACGCGGAGGAGCUGACCAAGUGGUCGCUGUACCGCGCGGUGAUCGCCGAGUUCGUGGCGACGCUGCUCUUCCUCUACAUCACGGUGGCCACGGUGAUCGGGUACAAGCACCAGACGGACGCGGCGGCGUCGGGCCCCGACGCGGCGUGCGGCGGCGUGGGCGUCCUCGGCAUCGCCUGGGCCUUCGGCGGCAUGAUCUUCAUCCUCGUCUACUGCACCGCUGGGGUGUCGGGGGGCCACAUCAACCCGGCCGUCACGCUGGGCCUGUUCCUAGCGCGCAAGGUGUCGCUGGUGCGCGCGCUGCUCUACAUGGUCGCGCAGUGCCUGGGCGCCAUCUGCGGCGUCGGGCUCGUCAAGGGAUUCCAGAGCGCCUACUUCGUGCGCUACGGCGGCGGCGCCAACGAGCUCAGCGACGGCUACUCCAAGGGCACGGGGCUCGCCGCCGAGAUCAUCGGCACCUUCGUGCUCGUCUACACCGUCUUCUCCGCCACCGACCCCAAGCGCAACGCCCGCGACUCACACGUCCCAGUGCUUGCUCCUCUUCCCAUCGGGUUCGCCGUGUUCAUGGUCCACCUGGCCACGAUCCCCAUCACCGGCACCGGCAUCAACCCGGCCAGGAGCUUCGGCGCCGCCGUGAUCUACAACGAGGACAAGGCCUGGGAUGACCAAGUACGUCCUAGACAACUGAUGACAACACUUCGCCCUUCCCCCCGCUAAUAGUAAAAGCGCUAAUGGCUUCGUGUCAAAGAAACUGAAAGUGCUAAUGGCUUACAGCGUGGCCGGUCACUGUCACCUACACAGCCCCAAGCCUAACAAACCAAACAAAACUGCUGUUGCGACGCUUCUCAGCCGUAAGCUCACUAGUGGCAGAUAGAACCCGACGAAGGAUUAUUAUAACAUAUAUGCAUAAGGCUCAGGAAGUCAGGAUAAGGCUCAAUGAUGAUCACUUAGUUAAACUUUUAUAUUUGUUUUAGAUAUGAAUGAUCACUUAGUUAAACUGAUCAGCAGAUGUCACCCCCAAUUGAUUAGUAUGCUGUUUGCAGGGUUUUUUAGUACCCUAUAGCCUGUUGUGGCACUAGUCACAGAGCUACAAUGACAUUUUCAGCCACUCGAUUAAAAACCUAUCAAAACCAAACACGCAGCCUAAUCUGUUCCCAACAACCCUCCGACCUGACUAUAAGAACUUUAGCCUAUGUACCUAAUGCUGGCUUGUCCCAUCUUACUGUCGCAUAUCAUUUGGGUAUAUCUGAAAUCACAAACACUGGAUAAAAAAGAAGUCUGAUGAGUCAGUUG